UUAAUUGACAAUUUAUGUCUGUUAUUUCAUCGUUUGCUGCAAAAACUAAUUGUGCAAUUUUGUUUGAUUAUAUUAUGAUGAUGAUAGUGAUGGUCAUCAUCAUUGAUAACAUUUUAUUUAAUUGUCAGUGAGUCCGUUGUUUGAAUUCACUUUUUUCUGAUUUUCAGCAUUAUAAUCCUUUGUUAUGGAUCGAUUUUUACAAUUUUGCCGAUUUAAUCUGUCCAAUGUGACAGCAUUCAAAAAAUUAUCAAUCGUCGUUGGUAACGAAAGCUGUGAUUUAGAUUCGGCCGUUUCGGCAAUCGUAUUGGCCUAUAUAAAAUAUCAUGAGCUUACAAAACAUCAGGAUAGUGAUGAAGAUGAUUAUGAUCAAGAUGACUCGGAAGUAAUUGUAUUGCCUGUUUUAAAUGUGUUUCGUGAAGACCUACACCUUCGUCGAGAGAUUGUAUUUUGGUUUGAAAAAGUCUUACAAUUUGAACUCGAAUGGCUUAUUUGCCGUGAUGAAAUCGACUUUGAUGCUAUCAAUUCAUCAUCAGUUCAAGUAUUCAUAUCAUUAGUUGAUCACAAUGAAAAUAAAGAGUUUCAACGACUCUUUCCACGAGCUCAGUUUGAUGAAAUCAUCGAUCAUCACCAACCACAUUCAUCUUCCGAUCCAUCAUCAUCACAAUAUAUUCAAUGUGAUCCGUCAAAAGUACAGAUCGAUACCGGUGUUGGUUCAUGUUGUUCAUUGAUUGCUUUACGUUAUUUCAAAUCAAAUAUCACCAAACAUAAGUUUGGUUCUCCGGUUAAAUCAUCAACAUCAUCCGAAACGUUUGAUUCACAGAUCGCCUUAAUUCUAUACGGACCAAUACUUUUAGACACUAUUUGUUUUACGCAUUCAGCAGCCCGGUUUAAUGCAAAAGAUUGCGAAGCAAUAAAUAAAUUGGAAGACCUGAUGAAACAUCCUGCCGAUGUUGAGCCGUCCUUAUACGAUCGUAAUGAAGUAUAUCAACGUUUAGUGACGGCCAAAAACUCACUUGAUGGACUAUCGUUUGAAGAUUUAUUACGUAAAGAUAUGAAAAUUGUUGAAUCAAUUUCGGAUAAUAAUCUAGCAAUAUGUAUCUCAUCAGUAACCGGAAUUUUAUUGACCGAAAUGUCUUUACGAGAUAAAUCAAAAGAACUUAAAAACUUUUGUGAUCAACCUCCAAAAACAGCUGCGUUUUCCGAUCAAUCACGACCACGAAUGUUCAAUGCUAUCAUAUUGAUGAGUCUAGAUAAUCGAAUACCUAACAAUCUACGUCGACAAUUGGCAAUCUUUUGUCCUAAUAAACAUCUGAUGCGAACAAUUGCAACCUGUAUUGAACGUUCAGAACAACUGUCACUCGAGCUUAUCACUGCUUUGGAAUCAUUACGAAUUUAUAAUCAAAAUAAUUUGAAAGCAUCACGUAAAGUUGUCCUGCCAAUCAUAUCAACAAUAUUGAAUGGUCCUGGCGCCGGCAAUGGUUCUAUUGGUGAAACAAAACGUAAUGAUCCAGUAACAAUCUCGAACGGUAACGGUGAAUCAAUUACGAACACAGCAACAAGUGCACCAUCAUCAUUCAUACAACAGCCCGAUUCAUAUUACGGUUCAUUUAUUGAUGAUUCAUUUGUCGGUGAAUUUGUUGGCGAUUAUCCAAACGUCACUGAUUCAAUGGAACAUGAAAAUAUACUUGUAAUGGAUGCUGAUGGACAAAAUCUUGUUCUAAUGAAUCCUGCUGAAAAUAGUUGUCUUAGCCAUACGCAUGAAAUUGAAUUUGAUUUCGAAUCAUUUGGACCUGAAUCAAUUAUGUAUGCAGGAAAUGUUGAACAACCACAACAACUGCAAAUAAAUCAGGAGAAGAUGGUCGAUCCAGAAAACAUAGAUGAUGUGUCGACUGUUGAAAAUGUUAAUGAUGCUAAAGAAACAGUACAUCAGCAAACAGAUGAUGAACAAGUAGAUGAAAAUAAAGAUCCAAAUGUUGUCUUGAAUUCAAGCGAAGCUGAAGCCAUUGAUACAAAAAUGCAAGACCGUCAAAUGCCUACUAUUAAUAUUGAAAAUCAAUCACAACCAUCAUCAUCUCAAGAAAAAAAUAAUGAAGAAAUUAAACAAUCAAAUGAACAACAACCAACUGCUUUCAAUCGUAAUAGUACAUUAUCGAAAAGUCAACGAAAAAGAGUUGUGCCACAGAUGAACAUAAAAAAUUUGGUUCUAAAUAGCGAUGUAUUUUCACCACCAGUUUUGGAACAAAUUAUGACACCACCAUUAAUUUCUGAUGUACCCAUAUCUAACCAAAAAAUGACAAAUGGCAAUGAUUUAAUUGAUCAUCAAAGAAAUAGUCCCGAACAAAACUCUAGUCAAUUGGUUUUGAAUGAUCCAUUAGGUGUUAGCAAUUCGAUGAAUAAUGAUAAUCUAAAUUUCAGUACUGGUACAAUAGGUCGUAAUCAAUCGAUGAAGAAAAAAGUCGAAAUUAAUUAUGCUAUGUUUUUGAAUCCAACUGUUUCAGAUGUUUAUGAUAAAAAUACGAACACAGAUCAGAUUACAAUCGAUCCAAACAUGGAUGUAAAUACGAUUCAAACAAAUGGUAAUAUGUCUUCGGAUAUGGUGAACACACAAAUCGACAAUCAUCAAGCUGACAAUGGUGACGAUAAUAUCAGUGAGCGUCGGGGAUCAUUACCGUUAAGUGCAAUAGAGUUUCAAUCUAUAGAUUUGAAAGUGAUUGAACCUUACAAAAAAGUCAUAUCGCAUGGUGGUCAUUUACGAAUUUCAUCAAAUGGUGAAGCGGUGUCAUCAGAAUUUUCUAGCUCUGCAAUCAUUUUAUUUUCAGCAUGUUACUUGCCGGACAGAUCACGACCGGAUUACCAUUAUGUUAUGGAUAAUCUUUUCUUAUAUGUGGUGAACACAUUACACAAUAUGGUAGCAGAUGAUUAUAUACUCAUCUAUCUACAUAAUGCUACUGGUCAUCAACAACAAUCUGUCAAUAAUAUGCCAACAUUCAGCUGGCUGAAACGAUGCUAUCAAAUGAUUGAUCGUAAAUUGAAGAAAAAUCUAAAAGGUCUUUAUUUGGUACAUCCUACAUUUUGGCUAAAAACAUUGAUCAUAAUGAGCAAGCCAUUCAUCAGUUCUAAAUUUUCUCGAAAAUUGAAAUUUGUUCGAUCAUUGGAUGAGCUUAAACAAAUGAUACCGAUUGAUGAUCUGAACAUUCCGGAUGCGUACAACAAAUAGAUAUUAAUUCGUUUCAUCACAUAUAAAUGAAAAAAAUUAAUGUCUUCGCCAAAUGCCAAAGCCUUGAAAUUCUAUUACGUUAUCAUUUUGUUGUUUUUUCAAUCUACAUGCAAUUUUUUUUCAUAUUUAAACGU